GCAUUUGGGACUGUCGUUUCCGGAAUCGGCUCUCUGACUCAUGCAGAAAAGCAUUGUAGUGGUGAACUUCGCUUCUUUUGACGUCGUUUUCACGGGCUCUUUCUGCUAUUUUUCUCUCGAAGGCUUGCAACGAAUGCUGACCGUGUGGAGCGCUCCACCAGCACAGGGGUGUCCACACCAAAGCUCAACGAUGCAAACAGAAGAAGAUGAUGUCUGAAGGAUGCCAUCAGGCUGGGAGAGCACGCUGUGGCAGUAAGAAAAAAAAGCGCCUGAAAAACUGCCCCGUCAUCACGGAGAGCAGGAAACCUACUCCAGCGCCGACUGCCGAGCCAGAGCCGAAAAUGACAGUCAGUCAGGCUCCGGAACAGAAGAAAAAGAAGCGGCGAAAUCGCAAGCGCAGAUUACUAUCAAGCACAGAGGGACCAGAAAGUUCAGACUUAAUCAGUGAUGUGAAAAAGCCGAGGCUAAGCAGCGACAGUGCAGCAGAGCGCACCGACACCAGCAUGGUGUGUGGUACCAGGAACCACAACUUUGUCUCAGACAGUGCUGCUGGAACAAAACCAAAAGACACACCAUCCACAGUGAUCAAGCACCACGCUGACACAGCUGUGGCACGUGUGAACAGUACUGUGAACACCAGUGGUCCAGCGGAAGAUGAUGAAGAGGAUGAACGGCGCCGAAUCAAGGCACACCUCCACAAGCAGCGCAAAGCAUUGCCCAUCUUCCCUGUGAGAAAAGAGUUGGUGCGGGUUGUGAAGCAGAAGGACUGUGUCAUCCUUAUAGGAGAGACUGCCUGUGGAAAGACGACACAGCUUCCACAGUAUCUCCAUGCCACUGGCUUCACAAAACGAGGGAUCAUUGGCAUUACACAGCCAAGAAGAGUGGCUGCAGUCACAGUUGCCGACAGAGUUGCCAUGGAAAUGGGCGUCGAACUUGGCGGCUUGGUUGGUUACUCGGUUCGCUUUGACGACACAACUAGCAAUGCUACCAGGAUCAAGUACCUGACCGAUGGCAUGUUGCUACGAGAGGCCUUAUUGGACCCUCUGCUUCAAAGAUAUGCAGUUGUGGUGCUAGAUGAAGCUCACGAGAGGACUGUGAACACGGACAUCCUCUUUGGUGUGGUGAAGACUGCUCAAAAGGAGCGGCAGCGCUUGAGCAUGGCUCCACUGAAGAUUGUGGUAAUGUCAGCCACAAUGGAUGUCGACCACUUUUCUCAUUAUUUCAACAAUGCUCCUGUGUACACGCUCGAGGGAAGACAACAUCCUAUUGAGAUGAUGUACGCUGUGAAACCUCAGGAGGACUAUGUUUUCUCUGCAUUAGUCACCGUGUUUCAGAUACAUCGAAAUCAAGGUCCCGGGGACAUCCUUGUCUUUUGCACCGGCCAAGAGGAAAUUGAAUCAGUUGUCCGAGCUGCCAGGGAAACAAGGCUUCAGCUUGAUCCAGGGGAGCAAAACCUCCUAGCCCUGCCUUUGUAUGCGGCUCUUCCUUCAAGUUUGCAGCUAAAGGUGUUUCAGCCUGCAACAAAGGGAUGGAGAAAAGUAAUCUUCUCAACAAACAUAGCUGAAACAUCCAUCACAAUUCCUGGCAUCAAGUAUGUAGUCGACACUGGAGUUGUCAAGGAAAGGACAUACCAACCAGGGACAGGCCUUGAGGUGCUCAAAGUAAGGAAGAUAUCAAAGGCACAGGCAUGGCAGAGGGCUGGAAGAGCAGGUCGUGAGUGCAGUGGCAUUUGCUACAGGCUGUACACUAAGAUGGAAUAUGAAGCAAUGAGGGAACACAGCAUUCCUGAAAUACAGAGGUGCAGUCUUUCAGGUGUCGUUCUUCAGAUGCUUGCCUUGGGCAUUGAGGACAUCUUUUCAUUUGAUUUCAUGGACAAACCUUCAGAAAAGCACCUGACGGAAGCAUUGGUCAAAUUGCACCAGCUUGGUGCUGUUGAGAAAAAGGAAGAAGUUAAGCUCACAGCCCUGGGUAAGAAAAUGGCUGCCUUCCCCCUGGAGCCUCGGUUCGCUAAAAUUAUCCUGUGCUCAAAAGAGCUUGGAUGCACGGACGAGAUUCUGACAAUAGUAUCUAUCUUGUCUGGUGAUUCCGUGCUGUACUUCAAUGAAAAGCAGAGGGAACGUGCUGCUGAGGUUUGGAGAAAAUUUCAGUCAAACGAAGGAGACCACGUGAUGCUACUGAAUGUCUACAAGGCUUACAAGAGCGUCAAAGGAAACAAGGCUUGGUGCAAGGAAAACUUUGUCAACAAGAAGAACAUGCUGAAGGUCAUUGAGAUUAGGUCCCAGCUGGCUGACCUGUGCGUGAAAGCGGGUGUGCCAUCGAGAUCAUGCGGUCAGGAUAGCGCGGCAUUUCGAAAGUGCCUGGCUUCUGGUCUCUUUACCAAUGUUGCUGAACUUCAGAAAAAUGGAGAUUACCUAACGCUGGAUGCACGCAAGAAAGUCCACAUUCACCCAUCAUCUUGCUUGUUCUCAUCGUCACCAGCAUGUGUGGUGUUCACUGAAAUGGUUGAAACAACCAAGUGCUACAUGAGGAACUUGACUGUGGUGGACCCUGACUGGCUGCCUGAUGUUGCUCCACAGUAUUUCAAAAAGAAGCGCCUUGGUGCCAAAGCACUGUCCUGACCAGACAGGUUGUACCAUCUCCAACUCACUGCACGGCCCGAAGUGCACUGCUGACCUAAGGAAUUACAGACGCACUGCAUGUAUUGCAUGAUCAACAUCAGAGCAGCAGUCGCCAUUUUUGUUAAUAAAUAAUCUAUAUAUGUUUA